AUGGCGAGCGCCUGCGAGAGGCAGGAGGAAGACGGCGGACGGAGGGGGGCGACUUUUGGAAGGGUGGCAGCCGAACUGCCGAAAAGCCGCCUUUUCACUCGAGUUUUUUCAUCAGGCUUCUGCUUUUUCUCAGUUGUGUCCGCCACGCGUCGACUUCGUCAUCUGCGGAAUAUUGCUGCACGUAAUAUCAUCAAUAAGAAUGGUUAUCGCCUUUUGGAUACUUACUUCACUCUUCACUUGUGUGAUAACGCCAAAAUAUACAAAGAAUUUUAUAAGAGUGAAGUGAUCAAGAAUUCUCUGAAUCCGACAUGGAGGAGCUUGGACUUCGGAAUAAUGCCUGAUCGUCUUGAUACGUCUGUCUCGUGUUUUGUUGUGAGGAUCUGGGGUGGCAAGAAGGAGCACUAUCAGCUUUUGAUAGAAUGGAAAGUUAAUCUAGAUGGAUUAAAAUACUUGGGCCAGCAGAUACAUGCAAGAAACCCAAAUGAGAUUAUUUUUGGUCUCAAUGAUGGCUAUUACGGAGCUUCAUUUGAACAGAAGGAUCACUCGGGUACCUUGAAGAGUAGUCUUCUCCAGGUGGAUCAGAACUGUGUUCGUAACUCUUACGAUGUCUUCUCUUUGCUUAGGCUUCACAGAGCCCAGUGUGCAAUUAAACAGACUCAGGUAACUGUUCAGAAAAUAGGAAGGGAGAUUGAAGAAAAGCUGAGAUGUACAUCUACAAGCAACGAACUGAAAAAGGAGAGUGAAUGUUUACAGUUGAAGAUCCUGGUGCUACGUAAUGAGUUGGAGAGGCAGAAGAAGGCCCUGGGUCAAGAAGUAGCCUUAUUGCAUAAGAAACAAAAUAAUUUGCAUGAAAGAGAAAAUGCAUUUGAGACGGAAUACCAGAAGCUUCAAGAGCAUAAUGAAUCCCUGCAUGAAUUAAAAAAGGAAUGCACUGCUAAGAGAGAACUGUUUUUGAAGACGAAUGCCCAGCUGACUAUUCGAUGCAAGCAAUUACUGUCGGAGCUAUCCUAUAUCUACCCUAUUGAUUUGAAUGAUCAAAAGGAUUACUUUGUUUGUGGAGUAAAGCUUCCCAAUUCUGAAGACUUUCAAGCAAAAGAUGACGGAAGCAUUGCUGUUGCCCUGGGCUACACCGCUCAUUUGGUUUCAAUGAUAUCGUACUUCUUACAAGUGCCACUCAGGUAUCCCAUAAUUCACAAGGGCUCCAGGUCUACAAUCAAAGAUAAUAUCAAUGACAAACUGACAGAGAAGGAGCGAGAAUUUCCUUUAUAUCCAAAAGGAGGAGAGAAGCUUCAGUUUGAAUACGGAGUAUAUCUUCUCAACAAGAAUAUAGCACAGCUUAGAUAUCAACAUGGGCUGAGUACUCCAGAUCUAAGGCAAACUCUUCCUAACCUGAAAAACUUCAUGGAGCUCGGGCUAAUGGUUAGAUGUGAUCGACACCAUAUAUCCAGUGCAAUUCCAGUUCCAAAGAGGCAGAGCUCUAGCUUCGGCAGAUUGGAUAUUGGCUUUUCCAGUGGGCUUCCUUCUCCAGAUAAAGGACUCCGAAAACGAGCCAGCACAGGGAAUGAAAGACUACAGUACAAAACUCCUCCUCCUAGCUACAACUCCGCUUUAACACAGCCUGUUGCCAUUGCAGCCCAUGUAGGAGAGUUAGAUAAAAAACCUGGAUCAAUAUCUUCUUCCUUAGAUACCUCUAUGGACUCCUCAAAAGAAAAUAACAAGAAAGGAGGGGAUUUAUGCAGCAGUUUAAACGGAGAAAACGGGAGUCUAAACGAUACCCAAGACCGUCAGGAGUCUUUUCUGGGACAUACUAGUGCAAUAAAUGGGGCAUUUCUGCCUGGCGAGUGUUCUGGCACGGCAAGCAAUGAGCAGCCCUGCGAGUACCGGCCCUCGCUUGGCCCUGUUCUUUGCUGCACUGUGGAGCAAGCCGAGGAAAUAAUUGGGAUGGAAGCCACAGGAUUCAGCAUGGGAGAGCAGCUCGAAGACUUUAACUCAAUCCCGGUGGAGCACGCCGUGGCAGUAGAAUGUGAUGAACAAGUCCUAGGGGAGUUUGAGGAGUUCUCUCGAAGGAUCUAUGCACUGAAUGAAAACGUGUCCAGUUUCCGCAGACCGCGAAAAAGUUCGGACAAAUGAGCUUGGACAGGGAUUUUGGUAGUAGACAUUGAGGUGAAAGCAAUGAUCUGGAAUAGAAAUAAAAUUGCACUUAUUCUUUAUAUUAAUUAUGGAGAGGAAAAAAAAAAAAAGCUAAAGCUAUUCCUAUGGUGUUAAACAAAUGGACUUGUAACUGAGUGCGAUAACACAGGAUCAUGGUCUAUUCACAGCCCAGGUAAAUUCUGAUUCUGUUUCCAGUCCUCUUAUGUCUGGUAUUUAUGAUCUGUUGGGUUUUCUUUUUGGUAUUAGAAUCCAUUGUUAAAUGCUUUCCUGGAAAAAA